AUCCAACUUCAAAGCUUUUUCGUGAAUAACAAUCAACUCCAAAGUCGAUGUAUAAAAAAACAACACAACAAGCGAUCGACAGAGGGGGAAAACCAAGCAAUUUGGGCGCAGCAGGCACCUCAUUUUCUCGGUGUCUCCGCCUCUUGUCUUCUCCGUCGACACAUUUGAAUGCCGACUAUUUCGCACUUGACGCCGUGCCGAUACGCCGGCGAGAAGCCUGUCGCCGGACUUAAAUUCAUGAAUAAUUCAGCCUCGUUUCAGAAUGGUGCCCGUCAGUUAUCGCGAGCAGUUCGUACUCCUUUGAGGAGGGUGUCUACAAGUAUAAGUAUCCGUGCCUCGUUAGUGAAUGAUAAACUUGUACCUGGGAAAGUCGUGCUGAAGCCUACUGAUAUAUUGGCUUAUAAUCUCGUUCAAGGAGCAUUUGUAAGGUGGAGCUAUAUUGACAGGUCUGCGAUUGAACCACCGACGGCUGUUCUUUUGCAUGGAAUCCUUGGUAGCAGGAAGAAUUGGGGGACCUUUGCUCGGAGAUUGGCACAAGAAUUUCCUCAUUGGCAGUUUCUCUUAGUUGACCUGCGCUGCCAUGGUGACUCGGCAUUGAUAAAAAAGAGGGGACCAAACACUGUUUCUUCAGCUGCUCUUGAUGUCUUAAAGCUACUUGGGCAGCUUAGACUAACACCUCGGGUUGUAGUGGGUCAUAGCUUCGGUGGAAAAGUUGCCUUGAGCAUGGUGGAACAGGCUGCAAAACCACUGGCACGGCCUGUUAGAGUUUGGGUUUUAGAUGCUACUCCUGGACAAGUUCGAGCUGGUGGUGAUGGAGAUGACCACCCUGCCGAACUAAUUUCUUUUCUGAGUACCUUCCCGAAAGAGAUCGCUUCGAAACGGGAUGUUGUAAAUGCUCUUGUACAUGAAGGGUUCUCAAAAGAUGUGGCACAGUGGGUGGUAACAAACCUUCGGCAGACUGGCCCUCCAAAUGCAUCAUCACCUGGCUUCUCAUGGGCAUUUGAUCUUGAUGGAAUUUCGGAGAUGUAUCAAUCGUAUGAAGUGACGAACUUAUGGAAGAUUGUGGAAGAUGUGCCUCGAGGUGUGCAUGUAAAUUUUCUAAAAGCAGAGCGAAGCUUGCACAGAUGGGCUCUGGAAGAUCUUCAGAGAAUUCAUUCUGCUGAGGAUCAAGCUGUCGAGGAAGGAGGGGGAGUUGAAAUGCACGUCCUUGAAGACGCUGGCCAUUGGGUACAUGCUGAUAAUCCAGACGGCCUCUUCAGAAUCCUUUCUUUUUCGUUUCAAGGAGUUUAGCUUGUAUACUGUUGUUGCCUUAGGCGGUGGACACUGGACAAUUGAGAAAGUUCACAAUUUUGCAUCUCACAUGUGGUGUACUGUAUGUAUGUUCCGAAUGUACAUUUGUGCAUGUAGUAAUCUGCAAAAUUUUCCUCAUUUGGAGCCUCAAUAUGAUACUUGGUGUUGUAUUCAAGGUUCAAGAAACAAAUAGUUACACUGACAAGUACUGUAGAUAUAUAGGAUGGGUGAUGAGCAUUGAUAAACUCAGAAUUUACAGUAACUAUGAUUUUAUUUAGUGUAAUCUUCCUGGAAAAUGAAACUACAGUGAGCUAUUUGAAUUA